GAAUUAACGCUCAGGAUUGCCCCAUCAAAAUUACAAGCGGGUCCUGGCCGUCAGGCUUCAUCCCGGUGAUCGUUGAUCGUGUACCCAAGGGGAACCGGCCGUCAUGAUUCCACUUAUAAGCAGAAAAAAAAUAUUCGAUGUCCUCACUGUGUCCGUUGUAGUGCCGUAUUCACUAUUCAACCUUCCAAUUCUCUGUCAAAAAAUAAAUCGUGAAUCUAGAUAAUGGCAAAGGAGAUUCUACGCUUCGUGUUGAACACCGGAGCAAAAAUUCCCUCAGUCGGCCUUGGCACGUGGCAGGCGGACCCUGGUGUUGUCGGUCGUGCUGUUGAAACCGCCAUCAAGAUUGGAUACCGCCAUAUUGACUGUGCUCGAUCCUAUAGAAAUGAGAAGGAGAUAGGUUCAGUUUUAAAGAAGCUGUUUGAUGAUGGAGUUGUGAAGAGGGAGGAUUUAUUUGUUACCUCCAAACUCUGGUGUUCUGAUCAUGCACCAGAAGAUGUACCCAUGGCAUUAGAUAAAACAUUGGAAGAUUUGAAACUUGACUAUCUUGAUUUGUAUCUUAUCCAUUGGCCUGCCCGGUUGAGGAAGGGGGCUGUUGGCAUUAAUCCAGAAGACUUUGUUCCAGUUGAUAUACCUACCACAUGGAAGGCCAUGGAAGCACUCUACGACUCUAGUAAGGCCCGAGCUAUUGGAAUUUGCAAUAUAUCCACCAAAAAGCUUGGUGAUCUAUUGGAUGUAGCUCGCAUUCCUCCGGCUGUCGUCCAAGUUGAGUGCCAUCCGGUGUGGCAGCAGACCAAACUACGAGAAUUCUGUAAAUCAAAGGGAGUUCACCUCUCUGGAUAUUCACCACUUGGUUCGCCUGGAACGGUGAUGUACAAGACCAAUGUUCUCAAGCAUCCUGUUAUAGUCACUACCGCAGAAAAAUUGGGUAAAACUCCUGCUCAGGUUGCUCUUCGAUGGGGUUUGCAGAUGGGUCAUAGUGUACUUCCCAAGAGCACAAAUGAAUCAAGGAUCAAAGAGAACUUUGAUGUUUUUGAUUGGUCUAUACCUGAUGACUUGUUUGCCAAGUUCUCCAAAAUUGAUCAGGAAAGACAAGUUACAGGUAAUUUUUUUGUCCACGAGAAGUUCGGCUCAUACAGAACCGUCGAAGAUAUAUGGGAUGGUGACAUUUGAGCUGGCUUUGCAAGCAUAGAUGUUCUGGUAACUUAUGAUUUCUAGUUAAUGUGUGUAAUUUCAUACUGGAAAAAAUGUUUCCUGUUAAUCAUGCUUCCAUCGAAAGUUUGAAGUUUGUCCUGAUGCUGAAGGAGUUUAAAGUUUGAACUAUUUUGAGAAAUUUCAUUCAUUCUA